GCUUAUCUUAUCUCAAGGACACCGAAUUUCGAUGCAAAAUAUUCGCGAUAGCACCUACCAAACAUGGGAUUGCUAAUGCAAAGCUUUUGUUCUGUGCUUAUUGUUACACUCUUGGUUCAAUGUGUACAAUGUGCAGUCGAGAUAUUCAAGAAUACUGGGAUGGAGGACCCGGAUAUUGAAGGGGUGUAUGGUCAUGCUUGGGGUUACACUGCGCAGCGGGUGUCACAAAGCCACACUGGAUCAUACUCUGUCAAACUGUCGGGCAGGACGGCCUCGUGGAUGGGUAUCGGACAGUCUGUAACAUUAAAACAGAAUACAGCUUAUUCCAUACACGCCUACAUUAAACAACUAAAUAACAACACCAAGUUAUGGCAACAGUAUCGUUUUUCAGCGAAGUACCAGUGGUCAGCAAACGCCAGCGACCACCGAUACAUUGACUACGCCCAGCAUUCAUUCGGAACUGUUCAAGAUGGCUGGUUCAAGCUUGGAGGUGACUUUAUAACACCUUCUAAAUCUUGGAACAGCUUGAGACUGUACAUUCAAGGACCGGAUCCUCACAUAGAUUUUCUAGUGGACGAUAUGUCCUUGCAAGAAAUAGCAGACGACCCGAUCUGGAACGCAACCGCACAACAGAGGAUCGAACAAAUAAGAAAAACCAACUUUCAGAUCAGCGUCACAACAGACGAUAAUCUUGACCCUCAUCACGUCGAGCUCGAGAUUUCACUGAAGAAACACGAGUUUGCCUUUGGUUCUGUUGUAGCAGACAAUUUUUUUCUGAAUCCAGAAUAUAAGGCAUACCAGAAUUUAUUCUAUGAGUUUUUCAACUGGGCAACAGUUGGAAGCUACAAGUGGAAGUACAAUCAAGGAACUCGGGAGCAUCCGAAUUACGACAGGUCUGUAAACAUUACAAAUGAGCUACUGAGACAAGGUUUACACGUGCGGGGUCACAACAUGUUCUGGGGAAUUAAAUCAACCACACCAACCUGGGUGUACAGUCUGACAGCAGACGAGCUCAAAUCCACCAUACAAGAAAGGAUCAACUUUAUGACCAAUAUUACUAUGGGGAAGCUAGACCAUUGGGACGUUAACAACGAGUUAUUGCACGGACAGCUGUAUGAAGAGGUGACACGUGACCCUACCUACACACAGGAAAUCUUCAGAGCUGUGCAUGCACGUGAUCCGAAACCAAAACUCUUCCUCAAUGACUAUAAUGUUGUAGCAGGAGGUGCCGUAACUGAUGAUUAUGUGAACCAGGGAAACGCAUUUAAAGCUGCUAACUGUGGUCUAUAUGGUCUCGGAGUACAAGGUCAUUUUGCUGCAUAUGUAGAACCAAAUCCAGCUUUGAUAAAGUACCGCCUAGAUAAACUAGCUACAACUGGGCUUCCAAUGUGGAUCACAGAACUUACCUUGGCAAACGCAGACGAAAAUAUCCGUGCAGACUGGUUCGAGACAGCAUUGACUGUGUUCUUCAGCUACCCAUCAAUAGAAGGGAUCAUUCUCUGGGGCUUCUGGGAUCACAGCAUAGGGUCUUUAGAUGGGGCUCUAGUCAACGGAAACUACUAUCACAUAAAUGCUGCGGGCAAACGGUAUCUUGAGCUAGUCAAGAGUCGAUGGAGUACAAACAUAAAAACCUCAUUGACUUCAAAAACUUCUCAGUUCAAUUUCCGUGGAUUCUAUGGAGAUUAUGAUGUGAUUGUACGCUACCGCGGCAAACCAAUUCAAAGGGAACAUUUUACCUUGUACAAAACUGAACAAAAUAAAAUCAUCACCAUCCACAUUGAUGGAACUACAGACGAAAUUACUCUGCCUACAUCCCGGCCGACAUUUGCCCCAGUCAGCCAUAUUCAUCACGUGACCCACGAUCAUACUCAAACGCUUGGACAUGCCUCAGUGAAUUCCGGAACAAGUCACCUGACCUGUACGACGAUGUACUCGGGUCUUUCCGCCGUUGGUGACGACAAGUCUACUGAUGUUAUGUGUAGUUCAGGAGAAAUCAUGACAGGCUGUUCCAGCAUAACUAAGGAUGGCCAAAGUUUCCGAGAUGGAGAAUAUUUCUGGCUCAAAGGCGGUUCUCCAGUUUGCCGUGCAGUAAAUGGGUAUCGGUCCGCCGCACCUGUUCAGGCGAUAGCGCGCUGUUGCAGCAAGACUGGACUCCAGUGUACAUAUAUGAAGGCAGGACCUUCUGGCCAUAGAAAGGAGGAUCAGAUCGAAGUCACGUGUCCUGCAAAUACCAUCGCUAUGGGCUGCACAUCAUAUACCUACUAUGCCAGCAUGGACGGUGCGUACGCCACUGCCUCAUCAUGUAUUGCUCAAAAUGAUGGAAUUAAUGACGUAUUCACCUAUGGAGCGUGUUGCACGGCACCCUCUUUAACAUGUCACGUGAGAAAAUCAACCAAUGGUGGACUCCGUCAAGGAGAUACAGCAAGCGCUGCGUGCCUUAAAGGAGAAACAUUGGUUGGUUGCUCUGUUUACUCCGAGGACGGCAAUACAGCUGGAGCUCAACCUCAAAACAAUAAUACGUGUGUUGCUGUGAAUGGUAGGGACAGAUUUCCAGGCGAACAAACUGCUGUCGCCGUUGCCGUUUGUUGUUCGUAAUUUACUUACAUUGUAAUUGGUUAGAUGCAAGAGUUAUGUAAAUAAAUUUCUUUUAAUUCUUA